UAUAAUGUGACGCGCUCCUCAUAGUUUGAAUUUAAUUCAUUCAUUUUUUCGCUGCUUUGACGAAGCAGAUCGUCGCCUUCUUCACAGAGAAAAGGGGAAGAACCUCAAUCGCACGUUUGUCCUCUCAUUCUCUUCUUCCAAUCUCCUCUAUCUGUCUCUUUUAGUUCCUCAUCCGCUAUUGAAACCCUAGGAAUUUGAUAAAGACAACAUAAAAGAUGAAGACCAAGACGCCAUUGAAGCAGCUCAAGCUCUCUGUUCCCGCUCAAGAAACUUCUAUCCGUUCUUUUCUAACUGCGAGCGGAACAUUUCACGAUGGCAAUCUGCUUUUGAACCAGAAAGGAUUGCGGCUUGUAUCUGAAGAGAAAGAAACGCAGACUUCAGACUGCAAGGAGGUUGAUGUCGAUUUCUCAUUGGAGGAUCUAGAGACUGUGAAAGUCAUCGGGAAAGGAAGUGGAGGUGUAGUACAACUUGUUCAACACAAAUGGGUUGGAAAACUUUUUGCCUUAAAGGUGAUCCAAAUGAACAUACAAGAGGAUAUCCGUAAACAGAUAGUGCAGGAACUGAAAAUAAACCAAGCAGCACAAUGUCCACAUAUUGUGGUCUGCCACCAUUCUUUCUACCACAAUGGUGCCAUUUCUCUUGUGCUAGAAUACAUGGAUCGUGGUUCUUUAGCUGAUGUUGUCAGACAAGUCAAGACAAUUCUUGAACCAUAUCUUGCAGUUGUUUGCAAACAGGUUUUACAAGGUCUUGUUUACUUGCAUCAUGAGAGACAUGUUAUACACAGAGACAUCAAGCCAUCCAAUCUACUUGUGAACCAUAAAGGGGAUGUCAAAAUCACUGAUUUUGGAGUAAGUGCAAUGCUUGCAAGUUCUAUGGGUCAGAGAGAUACAUUUGUUGGGACUUACAAUUACAUGUCGCCUGAGCGAAUUAGCGGGGGAACAUAUGACUACAGCAGUGAUAUAUGGAGCUUGGGUCUGGUAGUACUUGAAUGUGCCAUUGGAAGGUUUCCUUAUUUGCAGUCUGAAGAGCAGCAAAGUUGGCCAAGCUUUUAUGAACUUUUAGAGGCCAUUGUAGCAAAGCCACCGCCUUCUGCUCCAUCGGAUCAAUUUUCCCCCGAGUUCUGUUCAUUCGUAUCUGCUUGCAUUAAGAAGGACCCUAAAGAAAGAUCAUCUUCAUUAGAUCUUCUGAAUCACCCUUUCAUCAAGAAAUUCGAGGACAAAGACAUCGAUGUUGGGAUUCUCGUUGGCAGCUUGGAUCCUCCUGUAAGUUUUCCUAGAUAAUAAUCUUUAAACAUUUACUUUUACUGUAAUAUGUUAGAAAAUUUACUAUCCCUUUACCUCGUGUAACAUGGAACAAGAAAAUAUAAGACUUAAUGAACAAAUUUCCUGGAAAGGUAUUCUCUGUUCAAA